CUUCGCGCUUCAUCCAUGUUGAUUUUUUGACUUUUUAUGUUUGGAAAUGGGAUUUUAAAAAUUAUUGGUGUUAUGAUACAACAAUCAAUUAAACUUGAUGUUAUGUUAUGCUUAAAACAUCAAUGUAAAGCACAAUAAUUGACUAAAGGAUGUUUCGAAAAAAAAGUCACAAUAGAAAGAAGUAUCCAAAUUAACAAUUGAGUUAUGGAUCAGGAACUAUGUGAAAUUGAAAAUGACACACCUAUGCUUAUUGAUAGUGAAACAGACAAUUUUUAUGAAUGUCUCAGUGUUGAGGAAACAAUUAAUUCUUUAACUUGCGACACAGAAACUGAAACUUCUACCAAAGAAAUAUACCCCAGAAACUUAAGCUUGCUAGACAAAGCAUAUUCUAUUGAUGAUGCUAUUCUGGCAACCCCCUUGGAACCCACCCCAGUGCAAAUCUUCAAAACCAUUGAAAAAUCAUCGACUGAUGAAAGUACAUCAGAGGAGGAUUUUGUAGUUAUUGUAGAAACUGCCGAAAUUAUCAGCCAUGAAAACAACAACUGUGAAGUUAAAAUCAUGCCUGAUGAUUUUGAUGUUUUUUUGGAAAGCGGAGAUUCAAAUUUAAUUGACAUUUCUCAAGCAUGUUGUCUAAGAAAACACACUCCGUACACUUCUAUUUUGAGAAGGCCUUCUUUUUUUGAUAAUGAUUCUGUACCUGAUCCCAGUGAUAAACCAAGAGUUUCAUUUCCUAAUGCGGAAAUUAUGGUGUCUUAUAAGGAACCAGAUGAUCUUCCUCCAUGGAAUAUUGAUUCUGGCAUGUCUUCUGAAAAAAUUUUACAAGUAUAUCAAAAUUCCUGUAAAAAAUAUAAUACUAUUGAAUUAGAUUCUAUAAAAGAACAAAUUCAGGAAAUAAAAAAUAACACCAACCAUUCAGCAACGUUAAAUUUAGCAUCAGUAAACAUAACUUCCGAGGUGAAUGAAACCUUGGAGGAGCUGCUCCAGGUGUCAAAUUUUAACACGCUUAUUCUAAACGAUUGCAAAUUUACUCCUGCCACGAUAACGGAAUUCCUCAACAUGUUGGAGUUCUACGAAUCGGUGUGCAACAUCGAGGUGCGCAUGAAAUUCGACGAAGAAACGUGGAAAUGUUUUUGCAACGCGUGCGGUAACAUCGAGGUUUUGGAGUCGAUUAGCUUCAAGGAGAUCACAGUGAACGACAGCUACAUGCGACCUCUUAUACACACCGUCAACAGAAACAAGAAUAUCACCAUACUCAAAUUUGACACUUGCCUGCUGGACAAACUGCCCAGCUUCUAUUUAGUCGAGUGUUUGAUCAGCAAUAAAUCCAUACAAGAACUCUACAUACCCUCCACUGGCUUGUACACUAAAGAAGCAGACGUCCUGGGCCGUUUCCUCAUCCUGAACACCUAUCUUAAAGUGCUAGACAUAAGCAAUAAUUUUAUUGGCGACCGAGGCCUGGAAGUGCUGGCCAAAGGACUUUGCAAACAGGACGUUUUCGGUUGCGGCCUAUCGGUUUUGGUCGUUUUUAACAACCAGAUCACCGAAAAGAGCGGACCAUGCAUCAGUAACAUCAUUAAAACUUGCAAAAACCUGCACACACUUAACUUGGGAUUCAACAACUUAACCGACGAAGUACUUAUCCACAUUAGCGAUGGUUUGCCGGAUACGAGUUCGUUGGAAGGUUUGGGUUUGCAAAGCACUUUGUUAACUUGCAAGGGGAUCCAGGUGUUGGCUGAAGCAUUGCAAAAAAAUUCAACCCUCAGGAAAAUUAAUUUAAAAGGCAAUAAGGCGAUUCAAAUAACGGGCGUUGAACGGUUGUGUCAAGUGCUGGCCUUUACAAAAAUAACGAAAAUCGAAAUCGAUGAAACCAACAGAUCCUGCAAUGAGGACGAUUAUAAGGAGCUGGUGAAACAGAUAAAUGAAAUUUGCACAAUAAACCGAAGUUUACCGACGAACGACGAGGUCGAGGUGGCGAACAAUAUAUCGAAAAUGAUUUCCCGCAAAGUGUCUUUAAGCUGCGACCUACGUCACGUGGAAGUGAUGCAGGCCAGCCUUCUGCAAACGUCCUCGCCUGCGCCGAAAACCCGGUUUUCAAUUAGCAAAGUGUCCGAAAGCUCGCGAUCGCCAAAAAAUAGGUUUAAAGUAAGUAGAGUCCCUCCAUCUCCAGAGGAAGACGAGCCGUGCGGUUCGGGUAAGUUCGCGAACGUCCGCAGCAGCGUGUCUUCGAACGACAGUAUGGAUUCUUUGACAGCGUUACCUCUAGACACAGACAGUGAUGAGCAUUAACUUAACUUGUUUUCAAUUUUCGCGGCAAAAACAAUUAUCGCGAUCAUUUUCUUAGGAAGCACCACAAGUACUUAUUUUUAUUGGUAUUAGUUCUGUGAUAGAAUGUGUUAAAGCUAUUUUAAAUUUUAUUUCCAAUGCCAUGUGAUGUUCUGGAAAACUUAUUACGUAUUACUGCCUGAUUAGCAGCUAUUUUUUUUUUGUUAUUGUUUUAGUUUUUUUUGUGAUGUGGGAACAAAUCUCGGCGACAAAUACCUCUGUAUUUUUUAAGUCCAUUAAAUGAAUAUACACUUUUAAUGAAAAGCACACAAUGCUGGGCAUUAGAAGAUCUCAUUCAAUCAUAAACACUUAAUUCCAGUUUUUAAGUCGAACAUUUUCCAUGUAUAGUAGAUGAGUACAAUUAAUGAAACACUAACGUAACUAACAUUAUUAACAUAGUUUUUAGUACUUAUAAUAUAGGGUGUCAAAAUAACUGGUUGCAUUUUACUUACCUGCGAAUGACAAUAAAUCCGGUUCAUAAUUUUACAAACAUUAUAUAACCAGUUGUUUUGAUGUGUUCCUGCAUUCACCGGUUUUUUACAUUAAGAUACUAAUAAUUUUGUUUUUUGUUCUGGGACAGUAAGGCGCGAUUUUUUUAAAACUCUUUAUACUGUAAUAUGAAUGCAUAUGUGAUAUCAACGUUUGGUUUAGACAAAAAAACUUACAAGUUUAAGUUAUACAAAUUAGGCUAAGAUUUAUUAACUAAUGAUAGACAGUGUAUAUAUAAAUUUAUAUAUGCAGAUACGGGAUAAUAGUUUUAACCAGUUGUAUAAUAAAUAUAUUUUUAUAUUGAUGUUGUUAGUUGGGAUUAAUAUGUAGG